AUGAGCCUAGAAGAGGUCAGACGUGCACGUACAUAUAAUGAUUACUUGGAAAACGUAGCACAUUAUUGUUUUAGAGUGGCUUCUGCACAUUUUGGGGUCAAACCCGAUGCCCAUGCCUUUGAUAGCUUCAAAGAAGUCACUAGAGCGUGUAUAGCCGACUUUGCGGCUGAGGAGAACAAAAGAGGUUUGGUUUUGAUGCUUGGCCUAAAUGGUACCAUCUUGGCGGAACUUGAGCGUCCGAAAAUGGCAGAAAAGAAUUUGAUCAAUGAAAAGAUGAUGGUAACUGUGAUUAAGAACUCACCUCAGCUAGAUACUGAAAAACCGGUAGAGACACAACUUUUCGCAAUCAGCUCUUCGCAUGCAAUGUCACAUGCGGCUCUCGGUCAUUUGAUGAGCACAGGAGUCUCGUCUAUUCUGGAUCAUACCAUCAGUUCAAGCCGCGCUUCUGAAUUGAAGAAUGAUGCAUUGUACAAUAUCCGCUCUAAAAUGAGCGAGCUGUCCAAUUUGGUUGAUAACGUGGAGUCUGAAGCUGUCGCCCCAGACAUGCUUUCGACAGUUCACCCUUUGGUGAGGCAUAUAGCAACAGAAGGCGCAACAAAAGACAAUAUUCAGACUUUUUUGAACGAGCAUUUAAAAGACAAUUCUACGCUCAACUCGUUGCAAACUACAGUGUUAGGUUGGACUCAGUCCUUGCGGCACCUCACAGAAUUGACACGCGAGGUGGAAGGUGGAACGCUGGAGGACGAGGUGAUGUUUUGGGAUAGCGUGGAGAAAGCACUAGUGUCCGUGCACGACCAAAUUCAAGAUCCAGGUGUACAGCUCACGAUUGAGGUCUUACACGAGGCGCGAAGAUUGCAAACAAGUUUUAUCCAUAUAAGCCAGACGGUUUUGGCCGAACGUCUGAAGGAGGUAGGUGCGUAUAAUCUGUUUCUCGGCGACAUACCAAUUUCAAAACUUCGUGCAAUAACUUCGCUUGAUCAAUUACACUCGUUGAUCUCGGAACUAAAUUCGAGCCUCAAGAAAUUGAAAGUAUGCGCGUAUCCUGUUUCUCGAGCUCAAUCACUGUUGAGGCUUCUGACCAAGGAAUUUAUAGACAGGUUGAGAAAGGUCGCUCCUGAACUGAGUGCUAUGGAUUUCAAGACUUUCGAAAGCUCUGUGAAAAGAUUACAGGCUUUGCUUAAAGCUUGGGAUGAUCUUGUUGCUGAUCAAAUUCUACUUUUCAGAGAGAUUGUGCGCAGGAGAUCAGAAAAGCUCAAACUCAUCAAUCAAGACUCUCAAACAAGCGCUAUUCGAUUGCGGAUUGAACAGCUGCAGGCUACGAGGAACAAUUUACAGGCAUGGAAGGUUGAUAUUUUACAAACAGGUUUGACAAAAUACUUGAACCUUGUUAACGAGGCAUUCGAAGCAUUCUCGUCCGUCAACAGCUUGAACUGCUCCAAUGAUGUAUGGGAUACUGCUACGGAUGUAUACAAAGCGCGAUGUGCUUCUCUGGAGGCAACAUUUGCUGGCGUAUUGAGAUUCAAGCUCAAUAGCUGCCAAGAAGCUUCAGAAAUGUUUGCCGUCUUGGAGUCUUUCCAGCCGCUUCUCACACGAGCAAGGCUGCGGGCAAGUUUACAAGAUUUCCAUCGAGUUUUAUUCAAUUCUGUGCUGCUGGAUCUUAUAAGGCUUAAGAAUCGGUUCUCCAAUCAGCUCCUGGACAUUCAGGCUUCUCAAUCUUUGGAUAUACCUGCAUUUUCUUCACGAAUUAUGCGGAAUAGAAAUAUUGAGAAGAGAAUAAAAAGCAUAGUAAUGAAAGCAACGUUAUUGUUUGGCGACGAGUGGAAAGACUCCGACGAGGGCCGUCCCGUGCACGAAGAGUGUACCUCGAUGCUCGAGCUCAUAAAAACAGAAGAAACCGGCCAAGAUUGGAUUUCGACGGCAAACUUCAGCCUCGAUGUAGGCAAUCAGCCCGUGCUGGGUAUACAAAAGAACCUCAAUCAGUUCAGCGCUCAUGUCACAUCAAAUGGCACUUACCAAAAUGGUUUUAAGGAGAUAAGGAAUUUGAAAUGGCAGGGAUUCACAUUUUCGAGAUCGGUGGGGAAAGCCACCCAGUCGAUCAGGACUGCGUAUCCACUUGCGAUUGAUCUGUCAGAGCACUUAGACACAUUUCUUAUUGUUGCAAACAGGAUCAAGAGGAGUCUCUAUCUAAAAGCUCUUUUGAAUGAACAGGUCGGCCAAGCAUUCAUUUUGCUUGGUCAGUGCAUGGAAAUCAAGUGGAAUUCUUUACAUGGCCUCAAUUCACUUUUAUCAAGAAAUUCUGAUGACCGCCUAAGCAACAGUCAAACCGUUUUGGCCAAAUUUCGAAGACUCAGCGCUUCGGUCAUUGAGGCUUUCAAUGCUACAGAAACUCUAGAUGAGAAGCUCAGGGCUGCAAUGCAGUCAUUAUCUGAUGGGCCGUAUCUUGAAGAUCGACUGAAAAUCAACAUUGAAGUUAUAGUUCGUUUAAGUGAAAAGUUCACGACCUUCAACAACUUUGGUGUGCAGGCCUUUAUGAAGUGUCUUGAUUAUGAAAUGGUUAACCAACUGACUUCGGCUAUGGAAAAGGCACUCAAAACUGAAAGGCUUCCCAAACAAGUCCUUACCGUUAAAAUCAGCAGUGGAAGAAUCGCUAUUUCACCUCGACUAGAGUUGGCUAAAUCUCAAUGGGUCAACUACACGCAAAUGAUUCUCCAUAUUGCAUCACAAUCAUUGAAAACGUUUCGAGUUCUACAAAGACAAAACGGCAUGAUUCCAAGGAAAAAUGUACUGAGCUCUUUUUUGAGAAGAGCGUCGUUAAUAGUCAACAAAAGCUUAAGAGACCAAGAUCUUGCAUUAUGCAAUGCUUUGGCGAGUCUCCAAAGGUGGAAAAAACACGAAGGUUUAUGGAAUAUGACGGAUGAAAACAUUUUCGAAAAGGCAGCAGCAAGUUUGGAGACCAUAUUCCCAGUCUAUACUGGGCUUUCAGCUGAUUUAGAAACAGUUCAGUCGAUAUGCUCACAACUGGAACUCACACAAUCGCUCACACUCAUCCUCAAAGACUUGAAGUCCACACUUCAGAUUUUUUUGAGAAGUUGGCAAGAGCGAUUGUUGAAGAUGAUGAAGGAGUUUUACGUCGCAGAAUCAAGAGACUUCCAUCAAUAUUUGUCGAAGAGCCGGACUACACUCGAGCGAGAGGCUGGUCCUCUUACGAUUUCAUCUCUUGGAAGUUAUUCUGAACUUUUUGCUGCGAUUGAGGAACUUGUACAAGCACCAGAUACGAUCAAAACGCGUCUCUCGCUCAUCGGAUCUGUUUAUGAAGUAACGAGAGGCAGCAGGGGUUUUCUAGCAACAAAUGCCAUCUCAUUAGAUCAACUGGAACUCGAUGUCAUGUCCUUGAGACAAGCUUUGAGAAAAAGACUCGACUGGAUCGACCAAAACAAAUCAAUUAUCAUCCCUGCUUUCGAUCGAUGCUUUGACGUGAUUGAGUCAGCUGCAAACUUUUUGGAAGUUGACCGGGCACAGAACAAGGCUGUGAACAGCACUCGUACUCCGACUGAAGCACUAGAAGCUCUCGAUCUGGUUGGAAUAAUGAUCGACAAAUAUUCUGAACAACUGUCUCAAGUAAAUCAGCUUUGUUCAGUUCUAGCCCUUCCCAAGCGGUCCAUCAAGUAUCUUUCGUGCGCAUCAAAAGACAUAGCGGAUCAAAGACAGGCCUGGACCGCGAUACAUUCCAAUUGGUCUACUCUUCAGCUCUUACUUCAAACCAAAUGGAGCGACAUUAAAUUACCAGAGCUGAAAUCCCACCUCGAGAGUUUCUUGUCGCAACAAUAUGGGGAUCAACAAAAUGUACAGAACAAUUCUGUUUUCAACUCUUUUCUCACUCAGGUUCACUCCGUUAACAACGCGUACAAAAAACUCAUGGAAAUAAAAGAAUGUCAUUUGAGGGCCCGCCACUGGUCUUCAUUAUUAGGUGGCAAUGACAAGAAUAAUGAAUCAUACGAAAAAAUUGAUGCGAGGCUUCUUUCUUUGAAGGAUAUAUUGCAGGUUGUAACUGAUAGCAGAAACCUUGAACAAGUAUUACAUGAAGCCCGCUCUGAAGCUGUUCUCGAAGAUUCGCUAGAAAGUAUUGAAGCCCACUGGAAGAGCACUGAAUUCAGGCGCAAAGAGCACUUAGCUGGGCUUAUUCUUGUCACCGAGUGGAGGGUCUUGUUUGAGCUUGUGGAUGAUGACCUCGAGACCUUACGCUCAAUGAAGAGCUCGGCCCAUUAUAAACACUUUGAUCAUCUGUGCGAAAACUGGGAAAGGAAGCUCAAUAGCCUGGCAUCAAUUUUCAAAGAUUGGUCAGAGGCACAGAGAUUAUGGCUUUAUCUGCAAGCAGCUUUAUCGACUCGUCAAAACUCCAUUCUUCGGUCCGAAUGGUCAAAGUUCGAAGGAUUGAGUUCUGAUUUUGCCUUUCUUAUUUCGAGGGUUUUUGAAACGAACGUGGCAUCGGACGUACUAAUCGUUAGAGAUUUUCACAAACUCUUGCAGUCUAUUUUAGAGUCCUUGAGAAAGAUAAUGGAUUCGCUGGAUAAAUAUUUGGAUACACAGAGGAAGCAUUUUCCUAGAUUGUAUUUUCUGGGAAAUGAAGACCUGUUACAGCUCAUGGGCGCAAGCCAAAAUUUGGAGCAAGCGUCUUUGAACUUUGGUAAGCUGUACAUGGGCGUCUCGAGCCUGCACUGCAAUGAAAGAGCUAUAUGUGGGGUAGUAUCUCGUGAAGGGGAAUUGCUCUCUUUUGAAGCACCGAUAGAAAUUGGAGAUUAUCCUGAGAUGAAGGAUUGGUUGAUAGAGGUUGACAAUAGAAUCAAGUUAGCAGUCUUAACAGCAGUGGAAAGUUGUCUGGCCCGAAUGCAUCAAGGUGGACUUGCAAUGCUCAUUCAAAUGUUUGAGGAAUGCCUCUUUCAAGCCGCUCUAUUGUCGCUUCAGAUAUGGUGGACGCUUGAAAGUGAAAAAUUACUAAAUGACAUGAAUUUUGACAUCCUAGAGAAGGAAAUCCGUGAUUUCAUCAGCCACCUCACUUACAAAGCAGAAGCAACAAAUAAUUUAAUUUGCCGGAAGAAGGCUGAGAACUUGAUAAUUGAAAGCGUUCAUCUUCAGUCUAUUUUGAAUACUUUGAAAGGGUGUGAUUCAGCGGCCGCCGUUAAUGUAUGGACUGACACUUUCAAGUACUACCACAGUGCCGGGGUGCCGCCUUUACAAUGCAUUCAGAUAAAAGUUGGUAAUUCCAUUUUCUAUCAUGGUCUCGAGUAUAUUGGAGUCCCUGAAAGGCUCAUCUACACACCGCUAUUAUCAAAUUGUUUUACAGCGAUGGCGCACGCUUUGUCUCAAAAAAAAGGUGGCUCACCAUUCGGUCCUGCUGGUACCGGCAAGACUGAAACUGUUAAAGCGCUUGGCCAAAAUUUAGGCAGAAUGGUGCUUGUGUUCAAUUGUGAUGAUUCAUUUGAUUUUCCGUCAUUGGGAAGACUUCUUUUGGGAAUAGCUCAGCUCGGGGCCUGGGGUUGUUUCGAUGAGUUCAAUAGGCUGAAUAAAAGCAUCAUGAGCGCAGUGUCUUCUCAAAUUGGUGAGCUACAGGAGGCCCUUUUUAGAAAAGAAGAGCACAUUUCAAUCUUGGGAAAAACAUCGGCCCCGCUGCAUAACAACACAGGACUUUUCGUUACCAUGAAUUACGGUUAUAAGGGUCGUCAUGAUUUACCAGAUAAUUUGAAGAAUAAGUUUCGAUCCUUUUCCAUGAGUGAGCCAGAUAAUGAGAUUAUAGCAGAAGUGAUUCUGCUUUCUCUUGGCUUUAGAGAGGCCCAUGAAAUGUCUCUGAAGAUCACUAGCUUUUUCAAAAUGUUACAAGAACGUUGCUCUGAUCAAAAAUACUAUGACUUUGGCUUGAGAGCGAUGAAAGCAGUGCUUAGAAACUGCAAAAAAUUGAGGCAAUCCUUGUUCGAGAAUAAUCUCGAUAGAAAUCUUGAGAGUUUAGUAUAUCUGAGCUUGCAUCAGUUACUUGAACCUAGACUAGAAGAUAAGGACCUGUUGGUAUUUCGUGAUGUGCUCUCAGAGCUAUUUGAUGACGUGAAACUGCAGGAAUUUGAUCAGAAUUUUUCCAGCAAUAUCAAAGCUGCCUGCCUUGAACAAAAGCUUGAACCCACCGACGAAUUCUCUAAAAAGUGCAGACAGUUAUUCCAUAUCCAAAAAUCACAACAUGCCACUAUUAUAAGCGGGCCUUCUGGUACUGGUAAAUCGUGUGUGUGGAAAACGACUCUGAAUGCUAUGACCUUGAUGGAUGAGGUUGAAAACACGGUUUACAUCAUAGAUUCAAAAGUGUUGAGCAAAAGCCAACUCUAUGGAAGCCUAGAUCCGGUAACUUUCGAGUGGUCAGACGGCUUGUUCACUUCACUCUUGAGACAAAUCACACGAGAUGCUUUGGGAAUGUUCCAAAAGAAACGCUUAUGGAUUGUUUUUGAUGGUGAUCUUGAUUCCGACUAUGUGGAAACUUUAAACAGCGUUCUCGACGAUAACAGGGUUUUCACUUUGCCAAAUGGUGAAAGAUUCAAUAUUCCUAGUAAUUUAAGGUUCAUUUUCGAGGUCGAAACCCUCGAAGCUGCAACACCCGCAACGAUCAGCCGUUGCGCUGUUGUUAUCGUAGGCCGCGAACUUUACAACACCAUAGACGUCCUACGGAGCCAGUUACAUGCCUAUUUUGACCGCGUCAACUUUCGGGCUUUUUUGGAUGAUUUGAAAGUAACUGAAUUUGUUAAAAUUGUACUAGAGACUUUUGGACCUUUGCUGGAACGCUUGUACUGGAAGGUACAAAGCCAUUUUAAAAAUAGGCAUAUUGCGCUGACUAGGUUAAUUGAAACAUUUGUAUCCCUGGCAGGUUCAAAAGUCCUUCAGGAGACUGACAAAUUAUGCAUUAUGUCUAGUCAUGCAUUCAUCACCUACCUGAAAAAGUCAUUGGCUAUAUGCCUUGCGUGGGCGGCUAGUAGUGACUGCGACGAGUCCGAUAAGGUCUUUGUGGAGGGGAUGGUCGAGGAAGUCUCUCCCCUUGCCACCUCUGGGAGCUCUUCUGACGGCUCACUUACGGACUUGUUUGUUUCUCCAAGAGAUCUUGAUUUUGUUUCUUUGUCGACCCUGGUUCCGCGCGUCUCGCUUGAGCCACAUCAAGUUCUAUCCCCUGAUCUAUUGAUAGCGACGUUGGACACAGUCAAGCACGAACGCUUCAUCUUUGAUCUGCUAACCUCCGGAAAGUCUUUAAUACUAUGCGGUCCCCCAGGGUCAGGAAAAACUAUGACUUUAUACAAUGCUCUGAAAAAUUCUAAGCGUUUUGAACUUAUUGGUCUUACCUUUUCCAAAGAAACGUCAGUCGACACAAUUCGCACAAUUCUCAAACAUCAUACGACUCUAACCGAAAAUGCGACAGAUAUGGUAAUGCAGCCAAAAUCGAUGUUGAACGAUCUCGUUUUAUUUUGCGAUGAAAUAAAUCUCCCUAGUACCGAUAACUAUGGAAUGCAACCUUCUAUCAUGUUUCUAAGACAAAUCUUGGAGAAACGUGGUUUCUGGAAUACUGAGAAGUGCAAAUGGGUUCGAUUAGAAAGAAUUUUAAUCGUGGGGGCAUGCAAUCCGGCCGAUGGCGCCGCGAGACAAGUGCUUACUGAAAGGUUUUUGCGACUCACGCCUAUUCUUUCUGUUCAAUAUCCGGGCUCAGAGUCUUUACGUCAUAUCUACAUGACUUUGUUCGACGCUACUUUCAAACUUGUUCCCAACCUUCGUGAUUACGCGACUGAUUUUGCAGAAGCAUCACUUGACCUAUAUCUGGCGUGCUGUCAGAAAUUCUCCUCACAUAACCACUCACUUUAUGUCCUCUCACCAAGAGACUUGACUAGAUGGAUUAAGGGAAUUCACUAUAUUCUGAGUAACUCAACUGUUCAAAAUCUGUCUGAACUCAUAGAAAUAUGGUUUUACGAAGGUUCUCGUUUGUUCGGUGAUCGACUGGUGAAAUCUGCCACAAAGCAGGAAUUCCGCAAGGCCGCUCAUAGUACUAUUUCGAAAUUUUUCCCCGGCCAACAAUCCUUCAAUACAGAAGAAGAUAUUCUCAUUACUAACUGGACUACGACAGAAUAUAAGAAAACUUCCAGGCGUGAAAUAGCGGCUUUUGUGACCGAGCGACUAAAAGUCUUUAUUGAGGAAGAGCUAGAAUGCUCGCUAAUCCCAACGGCCUCGUUAAUCAAUCAUAUGGUGAGAGUCGAUCGGGUCCUCAAGCAGGAACAGGGCCACUGCAUUAUGGCUGGUCCAAAUCGGAGUGCAAAAAGGUCACUAGUGAGAUUUGUUUCCUGGCUUAACGGAAUGGAGGUCGUACAGCUCCUAGUUCAUCGUAAUUUUGACAUCUCCGAUUUUGAAAGGCUUCUUAAGUCAGUUAUGAUAAAAUGCAGUAUUGAUAACCGUAAAGUGGUUCUUUUGGUCGACGACUCAAGUACUCUGGAUCCUGGUUUCAUCGAAAGAAUGAAUACGCUGCUGGCAAACUCCGAUAUACCAGGAUUAUUCGAAGGGGAAGAGCGGCAUAAACUAAUGACAGACUUGUCAACAAGGGCCGAAAAGUUAGGAUUGCUGUUGGACAGUAAUGAAGAAUUGUACGGUUGGUUUACGGCAUUGAUUGCGCAUAAUCUCCACGUCGUUUUCACGAUAAACAACACGGGUUCACAAGGUGCUACAAGUAUAAUGAGCUCCCCGGCUCUUCUUAACCGUUGCGUUCUCGACUUCAUGGAUCAGUGGUCCAACGAAACCUUUUCGGAAAUUGGCAAUGUAGUUUUGCAAUGGAUGCCGCUUGACCAGGGAUACCAAGAAGAAAAUAUAGGCGGCGAGGUAAGAUCGCAAAGGAUGAUGAGCGACACACUUGUUAACACUGCAGUUGAACUUUUCAGACACUAUCAAAGUUUACAGAUUGAACCUCUAAGUUAUGGAAAGUUUUUUGACCACCUUUCGGAGUUCCAGAGGAUCUAUUCCGAAAAAACUUCCGAACUUGAAAGUCUACAAUAUUUCAUGUCCACUGGUCUAGAAUGUAUCAAAAAAUCUGCUCUAAGAGUCAAAGAGCUAGCUGUAAAGCUUUCGGAGAAGAAAAAAAUACUUGAGGUCAAAGAACUAGAAGCUCGGCAGAGCUUGGACAAGAUGCUUGUUACUCAAAACGAGGCCGAAAGAAAACAUGAGGCGUCAGUUGAAAUCAGGAAAAUUUUGGAGGUUCAAGAAAGGGAUUUAACAUCACAAAGAACCCAGAUCAAAAGUGAUCUUGCCGUGGUAGAACCUGAAAUACUUGAAGCCCAAAGAGGUGUCACGAAUAUAAAGAAGCAGCAUAUGACGGAAAUUCGAUCAAUGAUAAAUCCGCCCAAGAACGUAAAGCUUACACUAGAAGCUGUCUGCAUUAUUUUGGGUCAAGGCUACAAAGAAUGGAAGGACAUUCAGCACUAUAUUCGAAAAGACGAAUUCAUAGCAAACAUUGUGCACUAUGACACAAGUAAAAUGAUGGACGAUUUCACUAGGUCGUACGUGGAAGACAAUUAUAUUUCACGACCCGGGUUUACUUACGAUGCCGUCAACCAUGCCAGUAAAGCUUGUGGCCCUCUUUAUCAAUGGGUCGUUGCCCAGGUAAAAUACGCCUCUAUGCUUACCACCGUGCUGCCGUUGAAGAACCACGUUUUGGAAGUGGAGCAAAACAUUCUUCAAACGAAGUCAAGGUUACUAGCAGCGGAAGAUAUGAUUGUGGAUUACCAAAAGAUCACAGAGGAGUCUAAGACCGAGUACAGUUUGAUUAUUAGGGACAUUGAGGUUAUCAAGAGUGAGUUGGCUCAAGUGCAACAGAAAGUAUCACGCUCCCAAAAGGUGCUUGAAAGUCUGGUAUCAGAGAACUCCAGGUGGUCCAGCAGUAUUGCCAAAUUCAAUGAAAAUAAAAGUCGAGUGGUGGGUGACAGUUUUCUUUCGGCCACUUAUAUUACAUACUGUAUGUGCCAUAACGCUGGGGCACGCAAUAUGUUUAUAUCACACAGCAAGAAGCUUCUUUCAUCGAUGAAGAUCUCAUACGAUGAAAACUACAAUUUUAGCGAUCACAGUGUCAGAUUCGAAGAAAAAUCUAAAUGGAUCGAAGAUGGCUUACCAGAAGAUGAGACAUGCAUUGAGAACUUUUACGCAAUGUUCAAGCUACGACAGUAUGCCUUUGUUAUUGACCCUGAGAGCAUCAUGACCUCUUCGAUUACAAAGCAUUUUGGUGAGCGCUUGAUUGUUACCAGUUUUCUUGAUAGUGGAUUCGUGAAGAAGCUGAGAAACGCUCUCAAAUUUGGCACAACCAUUUUGAUAGAAGACGGUGACUAUUUUGAUCCCAUCAUUUCCACGCUCGUAGCUCAAGAGUUUAAAACAAUUGGUGGUAGGAAAACAGUGAAGAUCGGUGAGGAAACUGUUGAUGUUUCUUCCAAUUUCAAGCUCAUCAUUGCAUCCAAAAAUGCAGCAUGUCCAAUCCCAGGGUUUGUCAGGGCACGCAUGUCAAUUGUGAGAUUCGUUAUCGACAAUUUUUCGCUACAAGCACAGUCCUUGGAGCUUACAUUGAGACAUGAAAAACCCGAGCUUUGCCGAGAAAGACUGGAACUGCGGCAACUAAACGAAAGCUACAAAAUGAGGCUACAUUCUCUGGAAAAAGACUUGUUAGAUGCUUUAAGUGGCUCUGAUAGUGACCUAUUGGAGAAUGACUCACUACUGUCGAUGUUAGAGCAAGUAAAGACCUCUGCCUCUGAAGUUCAAGUCAAGGUUAAGGAAACAAGAGGCGUUCUCGACGCUGUUGAAAAAGCGACUACCGAAUACGAAGUGAUAGGCAGGCAUGCUAUGACAAUUUACUCUGUAAUGGAGCAGUUAUCUUCGCUGCACUGGAGUUAUCAAAUCUCAAUAAAAUCUUUUUUGCGUUGCGCAGCUUCGAUUUUCGCCUCAGAAAGCCCUGUCGAUCAAGGCAGACCACAACAAUUACUCUCAUUAUUAUAUCAAAAAACAUUCCAGUUCUAUUCCCCGAGUAUGACAGAGGAGCACAAAAUCGUGCUGGCCAUACUUUUGUUCACUCGCCAUCUCGAGCUUGAUUUUACUUCCAAGCUUCAUUAUGAGUUUAGAGAGCUUUUAUCAUCUAUCAGUGAAAACACGGAUGCAGAAUUUGAAGCUCUUGACGAGAUUGGUUUAUCUGCACCGGAGUCGGACGCCGCACUAGCGUACAUCAAGGGGCUGAAACUCGGUGUGAGCAAUGAUUGCGUGUUUUCGCAGUUUUCGGGAACUAUGAGUUAUUUCCAGAACCCAACUCCAAUGGGGCUCGAAGAAUACAUUGAUGCUAAUAUCGACGAGCCUCUAUUGAUUCUUUUGGAGAGAGGUGCAGAUGACACAUCUCGUCUAUCGCAGCUUGCGGCAUUGAGGUCACAAAACUUACUGACGAUAUCGCUGGGCUCAUUAGAGAGCACCGUGAUGGCUGAAACCGCUCUCUCGGACUGUAUUCGCACGGGCCACUGGCUGUUGUUGCAAAACUUGCAAAUGUCACCUGCCUGGGUGCGGUCGGUAUUGACGCGACGUUUGGAAUCUAUGGCGAAUGAGCCGGAUAUAUCUCGCAAUUUCCGGCUGUUCUUGACUUGCGAUCUAGAAAGUACCGAUAUGCCACCUCCAUUAUUGCGGAGAAGCUGGCACUUUGUCCAAGGCCGUAAGAGAGGAAUUCUAGCGACGGCCCUAGACGUGUGGAGCACUUUAGGGCAUCAAACGGCAGUCAAAGAAACGCUUCCCGCACAGCUGUUCUGCUACUUUAUUCUGGCCUGGUUUCACGCCCUACUUGUUGAAUACAGCAAUUUGCAUCCUCUGGGGUUCACGAAGAACUUUGACUUCAAUGAUGCCGAUUACAGCUCUGCUAUUUUCUAUUUGGAGAGGCUAUUCAACUCCAUUGACGACCAUAAAAGUAUACCUUGGAGCAAUAUCACUUUCAACAUAUGCGCAAUCAUCUAUGGUGGGAAAAUUGACAACGAAAAGGACUUGAAUUUGUGCAUAACCGUGGGCUCCCGUCUCUUCACGGCAGAUGCACUCGAACCUGAUUUUGAGAUCGCUCCAGAGGUUCUGGCGCCAAGAAAAGACAAUAUGAAAUGGGGUGAUUACAAGCAAUGGCUGCUACAAUGUCCAGCUCCCGAUAGCUGGUCUAAAUGGCUCGGUCUCGGCGACGACCUCGAAAACGAACAGCAGAGUAUUCAAGCCCAGAGGAUUGCCCGCUCGGUACUGGCGGUUUCGGAUGAUUGCUGA